AUGUGUGACAUGGGGGGACUGGAUAACCUGGUGGCAAACACUGCCUACCUAAAAGCCCAGGGUGGUGAUGACAAGGAGAUGAAAAAGCGACGCCGCAGCUUGGCUCUCCCCAAGCCUGAUCAGUGUGCUGCAGUACGAGCUACCCUUGAGAAGGACUUUACGAUGCUCUGUGAAAGGCAGCCUAUUGGCAAAAAGUUUUUCCGUGAGUUCCUGACAAAUAACGCUGAGUUUAAGCUUGCUGCUGAUUUCCUUGAUGAGCUCUAUGACUGGGAUCUGGCUGAAGGUGCAACAAAAGAGAAGGCACGGAAAAACCUCAUGAGCAAGUAUUGCAAGGCUGACUCUAAGACCUUCCUGUCCUUUCUUACUGGGGAGCCUCUUGAAAAGUGCAAGACUGUGACAGAUGCCACCUUUGAAGAGGUGAUGAAAAGCAGUGUCCAGGAUGGUGUAAGAGAAUUUCUGAAAAACAAACCCUUCACAGAUUAUCAGGCCAGCCCAUACUUUGAUAAAUUCCUCCAGUGGAAAGAGUAUGAGAAACAGACCAUCACUGACAAAUACUUCUAUGAGUUCAGGACUCUUGGCAAAGGAGGCUUUGGAGAGGUGUGCGCCGUUCAGGUGAAGAACACAGGCCAGAUGUAUGCCUGCAAGAAGCUGUGUAAAAAGCGACUGAAGAAAAAGGGCGGUGAAAAGAUGGCCCUUUUGGAGAAGAAGAUCUUGGAGAAGGUUAACAGCCUGUUUCUGGUCAACUUGGGCUACGCUUAUGACACCAAGACCCAUCUGUGCCUUGUCAUGACCCUGAUGAAUGGAGGAGACCUCAGGUACCACAUUUACAAUAUCGGCUACGAUGGCAAGGGUGCGGACAAAGGCAUUGAGAUGACGCGCAUCAUCCACUACACGGCGCAGAUCACCACGGGCAUUAUGCACCUGCACGAAAUGAAUAUUGUGUACCGUGACAUGAAGCCGGAGAACGUGUUGCUGGAUAGCCAAGGCCAGUGCCGACUUUCAGAUUUGGGUCUGGCCAUAGAGCUUGUUCCUGAGAAGAAUGUCACUCAGAUGGCUGGUACUGGAGCAUACAUGGCCCCUGAGCUCCUGACCAAAACCCCGUACAGGACAUCAGUGGACUGGUGGGCUCUGGGCUGCAGUAUCUACGAGAUGGUGGCUGGCUACACACCUUUCAAAGGCCCUGAGAGCAAGAAGGAGAAGGUGGAGAAGGAGGAGGUGCAGCGCCGCAUUCAAAACGAGGAACCAAAGUGGGAGCACAAGUGCUUUGAUGCUCCCACCAAGGACGUCAUCCAGCAGUUCCUCAAGAAGAAAAUCGAGGAGCGCCUGGGCAUGAAGAACAACAUGGAGGAUCCCAGGAAACAUGAGUGGUUCAAGUCAAUCAACUUCCCCCGUCUGGAGGCCGGGCUGGUGGAUCCUCCAUGGGUCCCCAAGCCCAACGUUGUCUACGCCAAGGACACUGACGACAUCGCAGAGUUCUCAGAGAUCAAGGGCAUUGAAUUUGAUGCCAAUGACAAUAAAUUCUUCAAGGAGUUUAGCACAGGUGCUGUGCCUAUCCAGUGGCAGCAAGAGAUGAUUGAGACUGGACUGUUUGAGGAGCUCAAUGAUCCCAACAGGAAAGAGGGCGGAGGAGAUCCCGAUGACGAUAAAAAGUCUGGCACGUGUAUAUUGCUGUGA